AUGUGCUGUACAUUCGGUGUUGGUGCGAUUAGCUGCCGCACCCGAAGUCGGUGGCUUCGACAAUGCGUGUGUGCGGUAUGGGGAUUGGGAUGGCGUGGAAGAUGUUUGCAAACCAGGAGCUUACUUGGAACAGGGCUGGCCAGUGUCCUUGCUGAUCUACUCCCUGUGUUUCUUCGGUGCAUUGUUGGACCAGGGUGUCAUCGGCAUGAAACAGUUACGGGGGAGGCGUGA